UACCUGGGGAACCUGCCUUAGGUGUGGCCGAAGAGCUGUGGAUGCGGUGGGCGGGCUGAAAGUUGGAGCUAGCAGGAAGUGGAACCCGGGCUGCCCUAGGAGGAAACAAACCAGCAAGUUCUGCUGCCGACGGGCCUGAGUCUCCGGAGACAUGGAGGAGGCCAGUGGAGGCGAGGGAAGUGAUCGAGUGCGGAACCUGCAGAGCCAGGUGGAGGGAGUCAAGAAUAUUAUGACCCAGAAUGUGGAGAGGAUCCUGGCCCGAGGCGAAAACCUGGACCACCUCCGCAAUAAGACAGAAGAUCUGGAAGCCACGUCUGAGCACUUCAAGACCACAUCACAGAAAGUGGCUCGAAAGUUCUGGUGGAAGAAUGUGAAGAUGAUCAUCAUCAUCUGCGUCAUCGUUUUUAUCAUCGUCCUCUUCAUUAUCCUCUUUGCCACUGGUGUCAUCCCCACCUAGGGAGCCCCUCCCACCCUGCCCUCCUCUUCAGGGGCCAUCUGCCAUAAUGGGGACCACGAGGGGCCCUCUCUCCUGUCCUCUCCACGGGAAUGCUGCUUGGUCACCCUGAAGCCCCGGUGCCAUGUGUUAUGUCCCAAAGAGCACCGUGGUCCCUGGAAGGAGAGCUGGACUAUGGCUGCAUUUCAUGGGUCCUUAGAGCGGGUUGGAGAGACCCCGAGGAUCCGAAUGUGGGUGGGAACCUGUUGGUGGCUGUGGGUAAUAAAGGCCUUCAGUAUCCCUA